UAUUUCUUCUCUUCGUGUUCAUAGUAGGAUACUGUAAAAAUUAUUUCAUGAACAAAGUAAAAAAAAAACUAUAUAGAUGAAGACAUGAACAGUGAAACCUCAUGCUUCAGGGCAUCAGUGGAUUGCUGCAGGGGCAAAGAGGAAAAUUUCUCUUCACACUACCAGAUACUGCCUUGUUAGUGAGGUUUUCAUUUUUGAUAUUGGUGCCUUCCAAGACAGGAUAACAGCAUCAUACUAGAUCAACGCGCCUGUGUAGUAAUUUAUACCUUUCCAUAAGCCUUACAAGAGCUCCAUGUGUCUUUGUUUCCUCUUCCUCCCCAGCAUGCACAAGGACCUGACAUCUGGCCCUGCAAUCUUUCCCUCCUGACAUGUAUUUAUUUUUAUUUGCUCCUGGCUUUGUAACACUCUGUAGGUCUGCGAUAUUAUUUCCCAGUGUCUGCCAGGUCCUGGCUAGUGGAGUGUGGGGAGAAUCUCUAUUGAGUUUCCUUCAAGAUUUUACCCGAUUGUUUUACUGUAAGUCAGAGCUUUGUGAGCCAGAAGAGGCUUGGUUUGUCUGUGAAGCAGAAUACCAAGUCAGUGUUUAUCACCAGAACGGUGGUGGCAGUUGAGCAAUGUACCAUCUAAUAGCCGUUUGAUGGGCUUGUAUGAAAUGAGUUGGAGGUGAUGAGGUAAUAGAAUAGAAAAGACACAGCCUCAGCCUUAGUGAACAAGUGACCACAUCACAAGAAGCAUGACCAAAAUUGGCACCAAUUGGCUUCCUUAUUGGUAAUCUCAGCAGAAUUCCUCUGAAUUCCUCUCUUAACCCAAAGCAGUGGUUGGUCUCUCCAGAUCAGGGAUGAGGCUCACAGGCCGAGAGGAGCAGUGAGUAGAAAGCGUAUACUGCUGCCGUACCAGCUCUGGUAGUACAGGAUGGCAGCCAGCACCUUCACUUAAAAUAAAAAGAAAGCAACUCAUUUUCUAACUGGUGAAGAGUCAUACUGAAGUCAGACUAAGCUCCACAUAGUUUAUCAGGUGGCACUAUUAAUGUCAUUGCAUUCCCUGCAGCCUGCUGGCCAUGUCAUCCAUCCUUGGAAAGAUGAGGAAACUUGGCAGUUCUGAUGUGGAGGACUCUGAAGUCACGGAUGAGCACACAGAUGGUGAGGAUUCCAGUCUGGGAACCCUUGAAAGCCUUCAGGGAAGCCAGAGCACAAAGGUACAGCAGCUGCCCAAAAGCAACAUCUUCGCUAGACGAGGCCGCUUUGGGAUAGGGGAUAGCGAUAAGAACAUGGCGCCCAUGGACUCCUUGUACCAGAUGGACCACGUGGGAUCUGCUCCCGUCGUCAAGUUUAAUAUCAAUAUGGAAAGGGCAAAAAUACACAAUCAGUUUGCCAAGCUCCUAUGUACCAAUUCCAUUGCAAGCUGCUCAGAAAAAGCUUUCAAGUUCUAUGAUCGCAGAAGGAUCUUUGAUGCUGUGGCCCAAGGUGACACAAGUGAUCUGAAUGACCUGCAGAUCUAUCUCCAUGAGACGCGGAAGCAUCUCACAGACAAUGAGUUCAAAGAGCCGGAAACUGGGAAAACCUGCUUAUUGAAAGCCAUGCUGAAUCUGCAUGAUGGGAAGAAUGAUACCAUUCCCCUACUUCUGGAAAUUGCGGAGAAGACAGGCAAUCUGAAAGAGUUAGUUAAUGCAGAAUAUACCGACAACUAUUAUAAGGGUCAGACCGCUCUCCAUAUUGCCAUCGAGAGGAGGAAUAUGUACUUGGUGAAGCUCUUGGUCCAAAAUGGAGCAGACGUUCAUGUGAGAGCCCAAGGGGAGUUCUUCAGAAAAAUCAAAGGGAAACCUGGCUUUUAUUUUGGUGAACUGCCUCUUUCCCUGGCUGCGUGCACCAAUCAGCUUGGCAUUGUGAAAUUCCUCCUCGAGAAUCGGUAUCAUCCAGCCAAUAUAGCUGGCCAGGACUCUAUGGGCAACACAGUUCUGCACGCCCUCGUGGAGAUUGCAGAUAACACCAAAGAUAACACCAAGUUUGUAACAAAAGUGUAUAACAACAUUUUGAUCCUUGGUGCCAAAAUUAACCCGAUGCUGAAGCUGGAAGAGAUCACUAACAAGAAAGGACUGACUCCUUUAACCUUGGCUGCAAAGAAAGGGAAGAUAGGGAUUUUCGCCUAUAUCCUUAGACGAGAGAUCAAAGAGCCUGAGUGUAGGCAUCUGUCUAGGAAGUUCACCGAAUGGGCCUAUGGACCCGUCCACUCAUCUCUUUAUGACCUGUCCUCCAUAGACACGUGUGAGAAAAACUCAGUGCUUGAGAUUAUUGCGUAUAGCAGCAAAACACCAAAUCGCCAUGAGAUGCUGCUGGUAGAGCCCCUGAACAGGCUGCUGCAGGACAAGUGGGACCGAUUCGUCAAACGCCUAUUUUACUUCAACUUCUUUGUUUAUGCUAUUCACAUUAUCAUACUCACCAUAGCCGCCUACUACAGACCUGUGGAGAAACAUGGAAAGCCUCCCUUCAAAUUUGAAUACACCACCAAGGAGUGUUUUCGUGUCAUUGGAGAGAUCCUGAGUGUGCUGGGAGGUCUCUAUUUCUUUUUCAGAGGGAUACAAUAUUUCGUGCAGAGGCGGCCCUCAUUAAAGACUCUGCUAGCUGACAGUUACAGUGAGGUUCUUUUCUUUGUUCACUCGCUGUUCCUGUUGAGUUCAGUGGUGCUGUACUUCUGUGGCCAGGAACUCUAUGUGGCAUCCAUGGUGUUCUCCUUGGCACUGGGCUGGGCUAACAUGCUGUACUACACCCGAGGCUUCCAGCAGAUGGGGAUUUACGCUGUCAUGAUUGAGAAGAUGAUCCUGAGGGAUUUAUGUCGCUUCAUGUUUGUCUACCUAGUAUUUCUCUUGGGAUUUUCUACAGCUGUGGUGACUCUGAUUGAAGAUGAUUAUGAGGGACGUGAAAAUGACAGCUGUCCCUGCACCCGAUCGGGCCCGCUGAAGUGUGGCCGCACAUCAUACAACAAUCUGUAUUACGCCUGCCUGGAGCUGUUUAAGUUCACCAUUGGCAUGGGAGAUCUAGAGUUCACUGAGAACUACAAGUUUAAGUCUGUCUUCGUCAUCCUGUUGGUCCUCUACGUCAUCCUCACCUACAUUCUCCUGCUCAACAUGCUGAUUGCGCUGAUGGGGGAAACUGUGAACAAGAUCGCACAAGAGAGUAAGAGCAUCUGGAAACUCCAGAGAGCCAUCACCAUCCUGAAUAUCGAAAACAGCUAUCUGAACUGCAUGAUAAGCUCAUUCCAAUCCGGAAAGCGAGUCUUAGUGGGAACCACACCUGAUAACAAGGACGAUUACAGAUGGUGUUUCAGAGUCGAUGAAGUGAACUGGUCCACAUGGAACACUAAUCUGGGCAUAAUCAACGAGGAGCCUGGAUACUGCAUGGGCUUGAAGCGAAACUCAAGUUUUUCUUUUAAGUCAAGCAGAGUUUCAGGGAAAAACUGGAAGACCUUGGUUCCACUUUUGAGAGAUGGGAGCAGGCGAGAGGAGGCACAGAAACAACCAGAAGAAGCCAAGUUAAAACCCAUUUUGGAACAUGAUUAUGAGCCUGACAACUCUGGGGCAAGGAAGUCUGUUUAGCUUUUUUUGUUUGUUGUUGAAUAUAAUUGUUCUUAAGAAGAAGGUUAAAUAUAAUUGUUUUUAAGUGUAUUGUCUGUGUUCACAGACAAUGGACUUGGAGCUCUUUAUGAGAACAGAACAUUAUGGCAAAAGGGCUGAGGAAGUUACUGUAUGUAAUGAUUCAUUAAAUAUGCUAAGUAAACAACUUGUUAGUUAAGACCAUG